UGUGAAACCAUGGAUCAUCAUCUAAAGCUAUUUUCUUGUCUAGAAGAUACUGUUCAUGUCUGCGCAAGUCGUUAUAGAAAUAAUGUAGCAGAUCAGGGCAAAGAAUCAGCCAUACCUGUGCAGCUUGACACUGUAAGUGGCUGCAAAGGGAAAAACAACCACAGGCCGGAUUUCCAUAGUAGUUUUAGCAACAAACUGCUUGGGCACAAAGUUAGAAAAGGAAUUUCUAGGAAGGAAAAACUCUUUUGCAAAAUAAACAGUAACAUGGCUACUGAACACAUGGCUAAGCCAACACCUGUUUAUGAAUCGAAGAGAACAGCUGGCUACAACUAUGGACUACCACUGAGUUCCCCUCCUGCUCCAAACAAAAAGCAACCAGGCGGGCAACGGAUCAGUGUGUGUCUGAGGAAAAGACCUCUGAUGCACACAGAGUGCAGAAGAGGAGAGGCAGAUGUUGUAACAACUCCGAGUGGAGAGUGUGUGAUCGUCCAUGAAAGUAAAGAGGCUGUGGAUCUCUCACAGUACACACUACAGCACAGGUUCUACUUUGACCAGGUUUUUGGGGAGGAGAGCUCCAACGAAGAGGUGUAUCAAAGAACAGCAUAUCCUCUGGUGCAGCACAUGCUCAAUGGAGGCAAGGCCACCUGCUUUGCAUUUGGCCAAACAGGUGCGGGGAAGACUCACACCAUGCUGGGUUCUCCUUUGAGACCAGGGUUGUAUGCACUGGCAGUCCUGGACAUCUUUGCGUACCUCUCCACCACUCCCAUGCACUCACCCUUGUUGGUGUAUGUGAGUUUCUUUGAGAUCUACUGUGGUCAGCUGUAUGACCUGUUGGACCACAGAAAAAGAUUGUUUGCCAGGGAGGAUGGACAAAAGGUGGUCCACAUUGUUGGGCUGCGUGAUAUCAGAGUGGACUCAGUCAGAUCACUAUUGGAGGUGAUUUCACGGGGUACAGAAGAGCGCACACAAGGAAUGAGUGGCGUGAAUCCCCUCUCCUCUCGUUCCCAUGCCUUGCUUCAGAUUCAGCUGAGAGAUACAAACCAGCAGAUUGCUGGUAGAAUGUGGUUUGUGGACCUAGCAGGAAGUGAGAGGGCAUCAGAUACCAAAGAACCAAAUAGGCAGAGUCGUAUGGAGGGAGCUGAGAUCAACCAGAGUCUGUUGGCUCUUAAAGAGUGUAUCCGGUCCCUUGAUCAAGAGCAGUCGCACACACCUUUCAGACAAAGCAAACUCACUCAGGUUUUGAAAGACUCGUUUGUUGGAGACUCAAUGACAUGCAUGAUUGCCAACAUUUCACCUGGUCACUUGGCAACUGAGCACACACUAAAUACCCUGAGAUACGCCGACCGGGUGAAGGAGUUGAAGGGACAAAUAGGGCUGAGAGGUGGAAGAAGAAACAAGACAAUACACGACUCCCCCAAACAAAACCUGUCCAACAGCAGCAGCAGCAGUAGCAGCCGAGGCAACAUUGUUGGCACAAGAGGGAAAAGUCCUACUAAAAAGCCAAAGUUAGGGCAACAAAGAGAGGAUUUUGGUUUCACCACACCUACCACGAGAUUAACCACGGGGGGUUCAAUUAUCUGCUCCAUACCCAAAAACAGCAGAUGGGGAGAGGAAACAAAUCCAAGCACAAGAAAGGGGAUCGGACUUGAACACAUUACACCAGUCAGAGGUUUGGGUAUAGGUGAUACUAGGAAGAGAACAGGUGGGAGGGAAGGUAGAAUAAGAAAAGGGUAUGGAGUAACUGACAGUGAAUUCAACCACAGAGAAAAAGAGAAUCAGAAAAGCACUUUGAAAGAGGGAAGAAAAGAGGAGAGAAGAUGGAUAGAGCAGGAAAGACAAGUGGAAAGUAGUAGAGACACAAGUAGUGAAGUAGAAAGGUCACAUAAAAGAGAUGUACAAAAAGAUGAUGAAAGGAAUAAGGAGAGGGAGAGGCAUCUUAGACAGUAUCAUCAGCAGCUGCAGCAGUUUAUGCCUUCAUCAGCUUCUUCAUCUGUCCAUCUCUUCUCACCCUCUACAUGUCUCUCUUUUUCUUCUUCCAUCCAGACCUCUCUCUCUUCUUCUGUCCCUCCAUCUUCCAGUUCUUCUCUCCAAAACACUUCCUGCUCCUCCGUUUCUGACUGUAUACAGCAUGGUUUGGGAGAGAAUUUAGAUGCAUGCAGAGCUAGGGUUGACGUUAGGGCUGAUAACAACAGUAACAAGUUGUCGUUCUUCCCCCGUGGAGACAUUUGCUUACGAACUGAAACCUCUCCAAGCUACAGUAAACAUAAGGAUGAGAUUGGUCACGGUGGCUCAGGUGGUGUUAGUGAAAAGUGGACGAUAUCUAGGGAGGGAGGAGAAGCAAUAUUUGGACAAGACAGAGGUACACAUGAGAAGAAGUCACAUAAGGAAACAGGGGAAGGAGAUGUAAGAGUAAGGAGGGAAGAGUGGAGGCCAGCUGGGAUGGAAGGAGGAAAAGAAAGGGGGUGGGCUACAACAUCAGAGACAGAGCAUGUGAACAGGAUGACAGGGGCAAUACCAGCUGAUGUAGAGCCCUUAGUUGUGUAUAACUGUGUCUCAGAAGACAGCAGAUAUGCGGGUGGGGAAGAAACAGAUACCUCUGAUGACCCACGUGAUGGAGUGUGGAGUACUGAAGAGCGAGAAGAAGUUGAUGGCUAUGGUUUACUGUCCAACCACAGCGGCAUUGACAGCAACAGCCUCUUUAACCACCCUCCUGCUGAGUCAUCCCAUCAACGAGCUCCAGCUGAACGACCCCUCUCCCCAGCCUGUGAACACGCCACCCUGACCCCUAAUAAACUCAGUGAUCUCACCCGUAAGUUUAAACAUACCAGAUACCCCUCAAACAUCGCACCUCUGCCAUUGAAAAAUGCUCAAAGGGAAAUGCCACCAAGCAGCUAUAAAGAGAAGCAACCAGGGUUUGCUGCUCUCGUCAAUAGAACACACUUUUCAAAUUCUCAUUGGGCCAUACUGCCUCUCACUACUCCCAUCACACGCAGUGGUUGUAAAAUACCUGCGAAAUCCCUUAACAUAUUAUCUGAAAGUCCAGCUUACCCAAUGGAACACAGCCAUCCAGAGGUUAGAGCCAAAGGGUCUGUUUUGCCUCAUGAGGUGACGGCAGAUUCUCUCAGUUACAUCAUAGACCCCAUUAGCAUCUCCCUGCUUCAAGGGGACCGACAGACCGCCACAGCCCCGUUUCUCCAAGGGGAACAGAAAAAAACCUCAUUGUGUCCGCUUGAAAUUGAAAGAGCAGGGGAAAUUGUCGUGGACGAGGACGUGGAAUUUCGCUUGUCUUUUUUGGAGCUGCCAAAGUCAAAGACUGCCUGCCCUCUCAUCUCUGACACCAUGACAGCUGCAAAUUACACUGAGCAAAUAAAAGGUAUGAUGAAGCCUCCUAUCCCUGAGGUUAUCCUGGUCUCUCUCCGGGACCAAGAGAACAAUCAGAAACCCCAAACUACACCAGCUAUUGAGGUCCUGGGCUACAUACCUCCUACAUCCCCACUUAAAACCUCUACAUGUGGUUCUACAGAAACUUCUAUCAUGCAUUCCAUCUCAUCCUCUGCCCAGCCAUCUGGAAACACUAGUUCACCCAACUCACACAAUCUAAUGACAUAUUCUGGUGCCACCCAUGUGCCACCAGAAUAUUCACGCUAUAUGCUCAGCAAGCUUGCUUUUUCCAUUUCAACACCACAGUCAGACAGUGUUUUGGGCCAGUUGAACACAGUGCCAAAGCAAUGUCAUACAGGACAUUCAAAUCAUCCGACCAAUACAAACAUCUCACUCCAAAAGAACUGUCAAGAGACCGCCAGCAAUUACACAAUUACACCCAUCACCAAUCUGUCUACAUUGGAAGAUUUGGACCCCAGGCAGUGGUGUGUUGUGCAGGCGCAUUUGGAGCAGCUAGAAGAGAUGGAGGCUUUAUGUUGUAAAGAGGGGACUCUUCUGUGCCAGCAACCUGAUAUGGCAUUUGGAGAGUAUGUGCACAAACUGGUGGAUAUCAUGGAGAGAAAGGCCCGCUGUGUCCAGAGCAUGAUAGCUCAGCUGCAGCCAUACCUUAAGCCGAGUAAUACUAACCAGCCACACAACGGGGAAGAAGAUCAUCAGUAUUCAACUAAUCUAAUUAAUUAAGUUGAUAAGCAAUAAGAGAAUAUUUGUAUUUGUAUGUGUCGCCUACACCUUAAAGAAAUGGCAGGUAUGCAAAGCUGUGACGUUUAUAAGUGCACAAUAUAUUUUUCACUGACAACACUAUAUACAAUAUCUGACUGUCAAUAUUAGUAUUGCUAUUUUUUCCUCUUCGAUCCUCAGAUAAUUUAUUAGUAUUAGAUUAUGAUAUUCUUACAUAUUUAGUUUUUGAAUAAUAAUUUAUCAGGUUCAUUUUAAAAUGGAGAUGUGGAAACUUCGAUCAGUGUUAUUUAAGAAAGCAAGUUCUAAGUUUGAAUUGCUGCUAUUUAUGUAGCCUACUUUUCAUUUAACCUAAUCCAACAGGUUUAUUCUUUUCCAAACCCAUUCUUGGAACAAUCUUGGCAUUUUCUCCUUGUAUCAGACUGAUAAUAAUGUAUCUGCUUUGCUCUUUCCUUUUCUUGGUCUUAAAAAAGUACUGAUCUUGAGUUGUCCCCCCAUGAAAACAGAGCACAUGAUAACAUUCUGUUGAAACUUGAGCUCAGGUUGUCUACUGAACUAUUUACUGAGUGACAAGUGUAAUGCUAUUUUAUUUCAUGUUUAGAAAUCAUAUGCUUUUUGUUUUCUAAAGUAAUUGGAUAUUUGGUGUCUUAUUUGUUUUUCAGCUCAGGCGUUGAGGGUAUUUGUUUUUGGAACAAAGUUCUAAGAGUUUAAGAUUGAAUAAUAAUGAUACAACGUUG